AUGUCACAACCAACUUUUUACUAUUUUGAUGGAAGAGGAAAGGGAGAAUUAAUUCGUCUCUUGUUAACUUAUUUUGAAGUUAAAUUUACUGAUAUUAGAAUUAAUGAUAUCAAUGAACUCCCACAAAAUAUUCUUGAUCAAUUACCAUUUGGUCAAGUUCCAUAUUAUAUUGAUGAAAAGAUUCAACUUUCUCAGUCAUUGGCAAUUCAAUUGUAUUUGGCUAACAAAUUCAAUUUUACAGGUGGUGACAACAAUGAAGAACAAAAGGCUAUUUCCAAUUCAAUUGUAAAUGUAGCACCAGAUGUUUUGGAUCAUCUCUACAAGACAUUGAACCUUGGUGCCAGUGUCGAUGAUUUCAAAAACAAGAUUAUUCCAAAGUUUGUUGGUCGUUUGGAGACUUUGCUCACCAAGAACGGUGGCAAAUUCUUUGUAGGCACUCAAUUGUCGUAUGCCGAUCUUGCCAUCUUUAACGUCGUCGAUAAUCUCUUAUACUUUGGUUUCAACGAUCAACUUUCCACUUACACCAACCUAUUGUCUCAACAUAAAUCAAUUUCCUCUUUACCACAACUUGUUUCUUAUCUUGAAAAUAGACCAAAAGCUACUUUCUAG